AUGGAGGAUGAACCGGAGAGCUCGCUGCGAUGGGCAACGACACCUACGAGCAUGAAGACUCCUGUGCGCACGAGACCAGAACGACCUACGCUGAAGAUCAAUACGGAUCAACGAAAACUCGAUCAUGCCUAUAUGAAUUUCUCAGGAAGAGAUGGACACAAGCUGUUAUCAGAAGAAACGAAAUGGCUAGCUGUCACGAGCAAAAGCUUCGAUCACGGUCGCAGAGGGUUUAAUGACCGAUUGGCCGUUUUCGAGCAGUCCGGGUCUCCUAGCGUCUCCGAGUCUGCAUUUUUCCUCGUGGGAGGAGACCGGGAACCUUGGGGUCACCAGCCCUUCAGACACCCAGCCACCGAAGCCGUGGAAGGUCUACUAGGAGGAGUGCAUCAGUAUUUCACACAUCACAAAGCUUUAUCGGAUCUAGCUGUACAGUAUGGGAUACCCGAAGUUGUAAGGUGGCAUCCCCGAUUUGUGAGUAUACCAUCACCCUUGCGCUCGGCCGACCCAACCGCAUCCGGCGCGGACCUCGUCUAUUCACAAGCGUUACUCGCAAUUAUUGGCGCAUUAGCGCUGGAACCGAGAGGCGCAGUCGCAAACCGCAUGGCAAAAGAGAGAGUAUUGACACCCAUGGACUUGAAGAGGGAUUGGAAACCCAAAGUUGCGGCACCUGAGACUUCGGCUCCUUCAUAA